AUGCAACAAAAGGUGGUUCGUAAUUCAUUUUACUAUAAAGCUGCUAAGCAUGCUGCUAACCAAAUGCUUAACAAUUCUUUCAUUUCCUUUAAAUAUACAAAAGUCUCAAGUUUUACAACAUACAACCUUGCUCUCUACUAUAUGAUGAGUAGCCCUUUAGAGGAUUCGCCUUUGCUAGAGAGUUUUGUCAAAGGAGAUGAUUCUUACAGAAACUCUAUGUUCAAGCUCAUACCUUACAUAUCCGAGCUGGAGAGUCUUCCAGAAAUGAUUUUUGGGGUUUGGUCCGAUGAUAGUAGUAUGCAACUUGAAUUUACAACACAGUUCCAGAAACUGCUUUUAAUAGAACGCAAUCCUCCUAUAAAGAAAGUGAUACAGUCUGGGGUAGUUCCUCGCUUUGUUGAAUUUCUUGCUAGAGAUGACUAUCCUCAACUGCAGUUUGAGGCAGCAUGGGCUCUUACAAAUAUUGCAUCUGGUACAUCAAAAAAUACUAAAGUUGUGAUUGAUUAUGGUUCUGUUCCAAUUUUCAUCAAACUUCUAAGUUCACCAAGCGACAAUGUCCGUGAACAGGCCGUUUGGGGUUUGGGAAAUAUUGCUAGUGACUCACCCAAGUAUCGUGACCUUGUGCUUGGCCAUGGAGCCUUAGUGUCAUUGCUGCCACAAUUUAAUGAGCAUGUAAAGCUGUCUAUGCUGAGAAAUGCUACCUGGACAUUGUCAAACUUCUGUAGGGGCAAGCCUCAGCCGCAAUUUGAGCAGACAAAAGCGUCACUCCCCACUCUUGCUCGCCUUAUCCACUCAAACGAUGAAAUAGUCUUGACAGAUACAUGCUGGGCUCUUUCAUAUCUUUCUAAUGGAACUAAUUACAAAAUCCAGGAUGUUAGUGAAGAUGGAGUUUGUCCCCGCCUUGUUGAGCUGCUACUUCAUUCUUCACUAUCUAUUCUCAUGCCUGCCUUGCACACUGUUGGUAACAUUGUCAUAGGAGAUAAUAUCCAAACUAAGGUUAUGAUUGACCAUCAUGCUCUUGCCUGCCUUCUUAACCUGUUGACGCAAAAUUACAAAAAAUGCAUUAAAAAGUUAACUUCCUGGACAAUCUCAAACAUUAUAGCUGGUAAUUAAAAUCAAAUUUAGGUUGUGAUCGAGGCUGGCAUUAUUGCCCCUCUUGUCCAUCUGCUACAAAAUGCUGAAUUUGAGAUAAAGAAAGAGGCUGCUUGGGCAAUUUCAAAUUCUACAUUAGGUGGAAAUAUGCCAUCCUAUCAAGUAUGGUUCCUUUAGCAAAUUCAAUUUCAUCUGGUUAAUCUUACAUCUAUUUUUUUAAGCUCAUAUGGAAAUUGAUUUCUAGAGAGCUGGGAUGAGCAUUUCCU